AUGGAUAUUUUACUUAUAAUGGAACUUGUAUAUAACUUCCAUCUGAUUGCUCAGGAGCUAUAUAUAGGUAGUUCGACUAUUUAAUGCAACAAUAGUAUAAAAUACAUUUAUUCAAAUGGUAAUUUUUACAAGUGUGAUAUCAAUUGUUAGGAUUGUAGAUUAAAUAGUGAUCAGGAUGGAGUUUCAUGCUAUAUUUGUAACGAAAAAUAUUUUUUUGAUUCAACUAAGCAGCUAUGCAUAAUACCUAUUUAGAAUUGUCAAGUAUUUUAAGGCAGCCUUGUAAAUUCUGCAAUGUUUUAUACUUGUUAGCAGUGUUAUAAAGGAUAUAUAUAAGAUUCAACAAACUCAAAUUGCAUCAGUUGCUAAAGUUUACUUUAAAACUAAUAGUGUAUUGAAUGCAAUUAUGUGUAGUAAUAGAUUCAAUGCUCAAGAUGCUAGUCUGGGUAUUACUUAAAUACUGAAUUUUAAUGUGUAAAGUGUUCUCUUAAUUGUGUUGAGUGUAACUUUGGGACAAUAUAUUUUUAAGAUAUUUUUACUUAGAAACGCUCCUCCUAAACAAGAGAGUAUUGUACCAGAUGUUAAUAGUAUCACGGUUUUAACAUUGACGGGAUAUCUUGUGUUUACUGUGGAUAAAAUAAUGAAAUAUGCUAUUACUAAGCAUAUUCUAGUAUAAUACCAUCAAAUUAUGCUGUUUAUACUGUUUCUCCUUUCUUCAGAGUAUUAACAUAAGCUUAAAUAAAAUCAUAUAAGGUUUCUUUUUAAUUAAUUACUCAAUAUCCAUGCCCGAAUAAAUGCAUUGUCACAACAGACAGUACCUAUUGUAUAGAUGACCCUCUUUAAUAACUUAACUAAUGUAUUCUUUGUACAAGUGUCUAUUAAAGCUUAAACUCUACUGAAUCUUUUGGAUAUUGCAGUAAAUGUAACAGCUCAUUUUAAAUGACAACAGAAGACUCUGUUUAUAAAAGCAAAUGUGUCUUAAAAAACUGUAACGAUCAGUGCUCAGAAUGUAUAAAUGAUCUUUAAAGUGGAAAUUAAAUAUGCUAAUAAUGCUAGCCAACAGGAAAUGCUGACUUACAAAAUAUAAAUGACUUAACAUAAUUAUAAAAUAUAUUGAGUACUAUAAAUCAAAAAAUAGAUCGUCCACUGAUUCUUGUAAAAGAAUAAUUUUUAAGAAAUGCAAAUUACUGUGUUCCUUGCAAAAUAGGUUGUUCAUCAUGCUUUGUUUCAGAUAAGAUAAACGGGUAUUUUACAAAUCCUGGACUGGAUUAACAAAUAUAAAAUUACCCAAUGUAUUAAAUAAUAAAAAAGUUUCCUAUGAUAUUUAAUGGUAUCCCAGUAGAUUUUACACAAUCAUCACAGCAGUAUUUGAAUAGAGUUCAUUUAUGCUCUCAGUGUGAAAGUGGAUUUAUGCUUAAUUCAAAAAAUUAGUGUGUUUUAUAAGCAGAUUAAAGCUCUUUUAAUACAUAUUAAAUCACUUUAUCAGUAUAUAUUUAUCAAAAUAAUGGUCUCCUUUCAGAUUAGUUAAAUCAAGCAUUAAGCUAAUUAGAGAGUGAAUUUGGUCUGUACUCAUUUAAUACUUUAGAUGUAAAUCAAGUUAAUAUUAUAAUUUAAUUCGAUGAAGCCACGUACAUGGUUAACGAAAAUAUUUUCGUUAAAUUUCAUUUGAUCAGAAACUAUUUGGAAAUCUUAAACAGAUAUAUUUAUCUGAAUAUCACAUUUCAAGGAAUGAAAACUGAUUUUUAAAAUACUACUAUUAUUAUCAACUCAUACAUUUCUAUUUUCAAUUUCCAUACAGUCACCUUUGUAGAUCUGAGAAUUUAAAUUGCACAAGAUAAAUAAAUCUUUUUUGGAGACCUUGAUUCAUACUAUUAAGUAUAUUUUGAAAGAGUUAGUUUUUUCUAAGAUGUAAGUCAAGAGUAUUUUGGUUUCUUAGCUCUAAUGUCGAAUAUACAAAAUUUUACCAUGGAUAGCUGUUCUUUUUAGGGUUUAUAUUUGAAAAAUGAUUAGUUCAUUUAGUUUAUAGAUUAUUAAAUGUUUGAUUCAAACUUUGAGAAAUAAAAUAAAGAUUUUACCAUUUAUUUAAAUCAAUUAAAUUUUAUUCAGACUAGCUUCUAAAAGUGUUUUAUUUCAACAGAAUAUAUAGGACAGAAUUAUUUAGACUUCUAAUUGUCAUCAUCAAAUAUUGAUUUUUAUGCUGAUUUUUCAAAUACUAAUUCUAGUGUUAGUAACAAUUGUUUCAUCAGAAUUAAUUCAGUCUAUCAUCCAAGGGAUUUGGUUUAUGCAGAUAGAGUUAUCAAAAUUUUAAACAAUACAAUUACAGGAGCCUUUUAAAAUUAUGGUGGAGCUAUUUUUGAUAUUCAGACUUUUGACUUGGUUAUUAUGGAUUAAAAUACAAUUUUAAAAAUAGAGGUUUAACAAAUUUUAUCUGCUGUUAUUCUUUUUAGCUUUUAUUAAGGUAUAAUUAGUAACACUGUGGUUGGAAGUAUUUUAGCCAAUGGUAGUGAUUUUACACUUUUUGAUUUAACUGGCCCAUUAAUUUAAUACGACUUGUAAUACUGUGUCCACAUUUCAGUUAAUAUCACUAAUUUUAAAAAUAUUGAUCCAAUCGAAACAAAUACACCACUAUUUAAACUAGAUUCUAUUAGCAACAACAACUAUAAAUUCAUUUAUAUGAGUUAAAUAUCACUUUAAAAUAUAUUUAACUCUGUUACACCUAUUAUAAAUAUCAAUGGAGUUUACAAACUAGUAAUUAAUUAACUUUAUUGGUAAAGCAAUAAAACUAAUUUCAAUUGCUUGGUACAAGCUACUUCUUUAAAAAUUAAGCUUAGAGAAUUAUAUAUUUAUACUUUUAACUAGUAAAGAUCAGCUUUUUAUCUGUUCAGCUAUUAUUUGAGUGUGAAAAAUAUUGUUCUAUCUCAAGAUAUAACUCAAGUAUUUUAAUACAUUAAUCAUAUGGUUGAUAAUAUUUACUUUGAAAAUUAUUAUGAUGAAUAAAUUUUAUCAAUUUAUAAUGUUACAAAUUGCUACACAAAUAAUGAGUGUUAUACUGAUGUCGAUAUUUGCAAAUAAAAUUUGUCUUCCAAAAGCUUAAUUUAUUUAUAAAACUAUACAACAGAAUAAAAUUUUACUAGGAACAACAUCUUAUAUGAUGGAGAAAUAUUUCUAAUUGGACAAAAUUAUUACCCUAUAAAAAUUAAAGACAUUUACAUCAAAAAGACUAGGUUUUUAAGUCCAUUUAUUUUUAUAAGCAAUUUUCAAAGCUAAGUGUAAAAAAUAUUGAUCGAAGAUAUUUAUAUAGAGGAAUCUACUUUGGAUGUUAAUGCAUUCUAUAAAUCGCUAAUGACAAACAGUUUAUUUUUAAGUGUAAACUCUAACUCUUCUUAUGUAAUAGUUAACAAUUUUACCUUAAACAAUGUCUUUUAAGCGUAUAAUCAUAGUUCACUAGAUUAGUAGAUGAUACAAAUUUCUUCCAGCUAAACAAGUCUAAUUUAAGUUUAAUCUACGCUUCUCUACUCUAAAUAGAUAAAUUAUUAAAUGAAUAUCAGUAAAUAUGUUCAAUAAUCAACUCUUGAUAGUCUUGUGUUAUUUGGAAGAUAUGUAGAUUUUAUAGGAUUUUAAGUUUAUGUGAAAGACAGCUAUUUUGAAAAUAUUCAAUCAUAAAGUGGAGGUAUUGUAAGAUUCUCUCCCAGCUCCAUAAUAGGAAAUAAUUUAAUUUAAUUUUAAAAUAUUACUGCAAAUAAUGUUUCUGUUUUAACAGUUGGAGGAGUGUUGCAAGUUUACACUGCUUACUUAGGUUAAGAUGUUAAAGUUUUUAUCUUUGAUUGUAAUUUUUAAAUGAUUUAAGCUAACUAUUCUGGAGGAUUGGCAUAUAUUGAAAAUUUAGGAAAAAGUAUUAACAUGAAUAUAUCCAAAACUACCCUAGACACUAUUUCUGCAUAUCAGACAAGCAUAUUAGAACUACAUAACUAGGCACAGCACAAAUUAAAUCUGCAGGACGUUUUGAUAACAGAAAGAUUUUAAGAUACAGCUUCAUAGUAUUAUAACUAUAAUAAGAAUUCCUUGUUUUAGAUAAAUAAUGCAAAUGUUAUAUUCUAUAAUACCACAAUUUUGCAAAAUAAAGGUGCCAUCAUCUUGAUUUAAUCAACUUCAAGUCGUUUGAGAAUCAGUAAUUCAUUAAUAACAUAAAAUGAAGUUUAUAUGCAAAUUUUAGAUAUGCAAAAUGGAAUUUUAGAACUUGAUUCAACAAUAAUUUCAUUCAAUAUCUUGCUAUAUAGUAUUAUUUAAGCCAUACCAAAUGACUAAAGAUUCAAAGAUAUUUUAAUUAAUUGCAAAUCUCCUAUAAAUUGUUCAUAUUGCAAUUUAGUCAUUUUAUUAGAUUCUAAAAUUAAUUCAAAUUAUAUUGUUGGGUGUUCUGAUUCUUAUAUGAAUUUCGAAAGGAGUAUAACAUUAAUAAAACGAUGCUAAAUUUAUAAUAACACAGUAGAAGGUUAUCAAUCAGAUAUUGAGGAGCAAUCUAUCUCAAUUGUUAAAUUUUCUUAAAAACAAAAUUCUAAUUACUCGUUCAAUUUAAUUCUACAUUCUGAUAUCGAGCUCAAUAUUUUAACCAAUAUAACAAAUGGAGUGGUCCAAGUCUCAUCUGCAGGAUUAUUAGUUUAUAACACAACAUUUUAGUCUAACAAUGCAGGAUCAGGAGGUGGUAUUUAUUUUGGAUAUUAAACUUCUCAAGAUAGCACUUAGUCUACAAAAAGAUCUUUGGAAUAAACUCAAAUAAAUUUUGAAGAUGAAUAUUAAAAUAGGUUUUUAUAAGGUGACCAAACUGUAAAUAUAAUUGACUAUGAUAGCUACUAUUUAGGAUAAGUAUUAAAUUAUGUAGAAUUUGAUUAGAGAGAUCUUAAUUACUAUAAGUCAAUUUAAUUACUGGAUCCUUCACCAUUAGAAGUGAUUGGUUAAAGUACUAUAAAUAAUUAAUACCUUGAAAUAUUUUCGCACUAAAAUACAACAGAAGUAUUGAUUAUUGAUAAGUCUAUUUUUUCUAAUAAUUAUGCAGCUUCUACAGGUGGAGCAAUAAAUUUUGUGAGCUGUUAAGAAAUUUAGAAAUGCAAAUUUGUGUUAUAUGAUUCUAAUUUCACAAAUAAUGCGGCAAGAAUAAAUUCUCCUGCUGUAAAUAGCUUGAAUCAUAUACCUACACUUCGCAAUAACUUCGCUAGCUUGAAUCAUAUAAAUAAUGAUCUUAAGGAAGAUUAUAAUGUUGCUUCUUUCAACAUAGCUCCUAAUCAUAUCAAAGUUAAUUUUAAUGGUACAAAAGAUAUUUAUUCUCUAAGAAUUGCUUCAGGUGAAACUCAAGAGAGCGGCUUAGUAGUUGAAUUAUACAGCAUUUUAAAUGAACAAAUAGUGUAUACUUCAAUUGAUACACUCCCUUCUUGUUAGCUUUAUUUUGGUGAUACUAAGAUGGUUGCUGAUUAUAAUGUAACCUCCAAUAACUUAGUAUUCAAUCCGUUUUAGCUAACUUACUAACCAGGAAAAAAAAAGUAAUUAACAAUAUCAUGUUCUAGUGUAAAAGUUCCUUAUAUUGAUGGCAACGGUGUUGUAAUUAAUUAAAACUAUAUGACUUAUGAAAAAGUAUUAGAAGUAGAAUUUAAAAAUUGUAGUUAAGGAGAUAUUUAUUUGUUUGAUAAGUAAAUAUGCUCCUAAUGUAACAAAGGUAGUUAUACAUUUGAUAUUCCAGAAAAAGCUAUUUGCUAAGUUUGCCCUAUGGGAGCAUAUUGUGCAGGUGGAAAUAAAAUUUAGCUUUAAAAAAGCUAUUGGAAUGAUAAAAAAAAUUCCCCUUCUAUAGUUAUACAAUGCUCUUAAAAUCUGGAUAAUUGUAUUGGUGAAGUAGAUUCUAAUGGAAAUACACUUCCGGUAAACCCAUUUACACCUUGCUAAUUAGGACAUAUUGGUGCUUUAUGCGAAUAGUGUGAUAUAAGAGCAACUAAAACUGAUAAAAAAUAUUUUUAAAAUGGAAAUUAUGAGUGUGGAGACUGUGAUAGCCCACAAAUAAUUUAUAUAAAAAUAUCUUUUGUGUUACUUGGAUGCUUUAUUUUUGCUAUAAUUACAGUCUAUGCAAUUGUUUCUGAAGUAAAAAAUAAAAUAUUAAAGUCAGCCUUUAAAAUUAUGGGAAUUCUUUUGCUUGGAACGAAUUCUCAAUAUUUUCAAGUUUCAUCCUCUCUUUUCAAGAUAUUUAUCAAUUAUGCUUAGAUUAACUUUAUAAUCUACACUUUAAAAUUAAAUAAUCCUGGAUAUGUAACUGAAGUUAUAUAAUCAAUCAUAUCACCUUUUAAAUUCUUGGAAACAGGUUUUGAUUGCGCAUUAAGUUAUGCUUUUUCUUUGGAUAUCAUUUACGUUAAGGCAUAUGGAUACUGCUUACUUCCCUUAUUCUAUUAUGCUAUUAUCAUAUUCUUACUUUGCAUAAUAGAAAUAAUUCAUAAAAAGCUAAUCAAAGCUUAUUAUUUUUAUAUUUCUGGCUUUUUUGUAACACUUUUUACUAUUCCUUCUGUGGUUUAGUAUUUGGUUUUAGUACUUUCAUGCAGACAAAUAGGUGCAUAAAAAUACAUAACAGCUGAUGUGUCAUUGUUAUGCUAUACCUCUCAGCACGUGGAAUAUAUUAAGAAGCUCCUUAUACCUUCUAUUGUGGUGUAUGUAUUUGUAGUUCCAUUAGCUAUGGUCACCUUUCUUUACUUCAAUAAGCACAAACUACAAAAUAAUAUUUUUGAGUUAAAGUUUGGGUUUUUAUAUAGGGAAUAUAAAGCUAUAGUUUUCUAUUGGGAAAUCAUUCGUUUAGUAAUUAAGGUGAUCAUUUAUUCAGUCAUCAGCAUUUGGGAUGAAAAUGUUCAGGCUAAGGCUCUUUUUAGUAUUUUAAUGCUUAUUAUUUACUAGCACGCCCUUAACAAAACGUAACCAUUCAAAAAUGAUAGACUGAAUUUCCUAGAGGGAAUCUCUACUAGCUUCAAUAUAUUUUCCAUUUUCAUAGCAUUAUUUUGCAAGAUAGCUGAUUCUAUUUUCUUUACUUAUUUUGGAUUUUCUUUAGUUAUUGGCUUAAAUAUAAUUUUUUUAACUUACCUAGGAGUUGAUUUUUAUAAAAUAUACAAAAACGGAUUCAAUCAAUUUGGUUAAUUAAUCAAAAAAUGCUUCAAAAAAAGUUUGAAUAUGCCAUAGAUUUAAAAAGAAGAAAAAGUUGAAAAGAAAUUGUCUUAAAGCUAAUUGGUCGCUAUUUAAAAAUGGUUCUAUUUGAAGACUUUUGUUUUAGUCUAUAUUUAAUUAAAAAAGAUCAGAAUCCCUGUUUAAAUAUAUUCAGAAGAAGUUUUCUUCAUAUAUAAUAAGAUAAAAAAGAUAAUACCUUUGAUGACUAUAGAAUAAAUAUAAAAAGAGAUGGCAUGUUAAAUAAAUGAAAACAUGAAGCAGAAUGGAUACUGCGUGCUUAAAAUUGAAAGCAAUUCAUCUUGUUUUAUUAACAAAUUAAUAGAAUAAAAUGCUAAAAAUCUAAUCAACUUUAGUCUAUCUGAUCAUUUAUGCAACCUCAAAAAUUUUUAUGACUUGCAAAAUGCGCAUGGAGACAGAUAAGCUAUUUUUGAAGGCAACACAGUAAUUGGUAAAGAGAUAACAUUGAAUGAAGAAAACUAAUAAGUCAGAUUUAGAAUGAGUGACAAAAAAGCAAAGACUUUAUCAAAUAUGCAGAACGUUGAUUUCAAUUUACUUAUUCAAUAAGAUAUAAAAAAUGAAAAUAAUUGCGAUUACUAUAUAAAACAAUAAAAAUAUAGCAAGUAGAGAUCUUUAUUACACUCUGUUUCUGUUGAUUAGAAACUUGAAGAAACUUAUAAAUAAAGAAGAUUGUACGAAAGCAGUACUCACUCAAAAAAUAGUCAAGAGAAAUUCCUCAGUAAUUAAGGUGAGUUUGAAAAAAUUAAUUCUUUGGAAGAAGACUAUGAGUAGGAAAAUGAUCAAAAAUUAGUGGAACUAGCUUAGAUUGAUAUAAAUUUUGCAUCAAAUUAAAAUAAAAUAGCAUAGAGUUAAUAAAAAACUCAUAGUGAUACAACUCCACAAAGCAAUUAAAGUAAUAAUAUUUAGUCUAGCAACAUUGAAAAUAAUAAAUCGAGUAUUUAUUCAAAUUCUAAUUUUAGAGUGUUAACAUCUCCAUUAUAUAAUUCAGGACAUUCUUUGACAGAUAAAUUUAAAAACCAUAAAACUGAUCCAUCAAAUUAAACAAGAAGAUAAACAUGUGAUAACAAAUGUAUAAAGAUGUAAAAAGGAGAUACUCCAGUUAAUGAGGAAAAUUUAGAAGAAGUAAUAAAUUUUAAUAGUGAUGAUGAUUAUGAUGAUUUAUGA